GUGCGCACCGCUCCGGAGAGUAGGAGUCAAUCAGACGGAGCAGCUCCUCCAGCAGCAGAAACCCCAGCCCUGUCCCAGAGUCUUUUUUGGCCGCUGAACGGACCCGGUGAGAUCACUGCGGCCCAUUUCCCUCGGAUAGACUCGGGGAGAGUUGUUCGGCAGCAGCGAGACGAAGAGAAGAAGCGGAGCGUUUUUCUGUCGCCGCGUCGCAGCGUCAUAUCACACUGGAAAUGUCCGAAAACAAGCCGAGUGAUGAGCCGAAGUUAUCUACGACGGACAGGGCGGUGAAAUCUGUCCCAUUCCCCCCCAGUCACCGACUGACAGCUAAAGAGGUGUUUGACAGCGAUGGGAAGCCCAAAGUGGACGUGCUGAAAGCUCACCUAACCAAGGAGGGCCGUGUGGAGGAGGCGGUGGCCCUGAGGCUCAUAGGAGAGGGCGGCGCAAUCUUACGCGCAGAGAAGAACCUGCUGGACAUCGAGGCUCCGGUGACAGUGUGUGGAGACAUCCAUGGGCAGUUCUUUGACCUGAUGAAGCUGUUUGAAGUAGGAGGAUCACCAGCCUCCACGCGCUACCUUUUCCUGGGGGACUAUGUUGACAGAGGAUAUUUCAGUAUUGAAUGUGUGCUGUACUUGUGGGCCUUAAAGAUCCUGUACCCAAAAACACUGUUUUUGCUGCGUGGGAAUCAUGAAUGUAGACAUUUAACAGAGUAUUUCACAUUUAAGCAGGAAUGUAGAAUUAAGUAUUCAGAGAGGGUGUAUGACGCAUGUAUGGACGCCUUCGACUGCCUUCCCCUGGCUGCACUUAUGAACCAGCAGUUCCUAUGUGUACACGGAGGACUGUCUCCAGAAAUCACAAAUCUUGACGACAUCAGGAAACUAGACAGAUUCAAAGAGCCCCCAGCGUACGGACCAAUGUGCGAUCUGCUGUGGUCCGACCCCCUGGAGGACUUUGGGAACGAGAAGACCCAAGAGCAUUUCACACACAACACAGUGCGAGGGUGUUCCUACUUCUACAGCUACCCUGCAGUCUGUGACUUUCUACAACACAAUAACUUAUUAUCUGUCAUCCGGGCCCAUGAAGCGCAGGAUGCUGGAUAUCGUAUGUACAGAAAGAGUCAGACGACUGGCUUCCCGUCUCUUAUCACCAUCUUCUCAGCACCCAACUAUCUAGAUGUCUACAACAACAAAGCGGCAGUGUUGAAGUACGAGAACAACGUGAUGAACAUCCGACAAUUCAACUGCUCACCUCACCCUUACUGGCUGCCCAACUUCAUGGACGUUUUCACCUGGUCCCUGCCCUUUGUCGGCGAGAAGGUGACUGAGAUGCUAGUGAACGUACUGAGCAUCUGUUCCAACGAUGAGCUGACGACUGAGGAAGAGAUGGAUGGUGCCACCGCUUCUGCCCGUAAGGAGGUCAUCCGCAACAAGAUCCGCGCCAUUGGAAAGAUGGCUCGAGUAUUCUCUGUGCUCAGAGAGGAGAGCGAGAGCGUGCUGACUCUGAAGGGACUCACCCCGACAGGCAUGCUACCAAGCGGAGUGCUGUCCGGCGGCAAAGAGAAGCUGCAGAAUGCCAUCAAGGGCUUCUCACCCCAGCACAAGAUCACUAGCUUCGCCGAGGCCAAGGGCCUGGAUCGCAUCAAUGAGCGGAUGCCGCCGCGGCGAGACACGCUGCCCUCCGACGCCAGCCUCAACUCCCUCAACAAGGCCCUGUCCUCGGAGACCAAUGGCACGGACCCCAAGGGGAGCACCAGCACCAGCAGCAGCGGCAGCAACAUCCAGUGA